GAUAGCACAACAACCCAAUAUUUUAAUUAGUCCAAUCAAUAACAAACAUUUUUUAUAUGUAAAUAAUAUCACGACUUCGUCACAGUCUCGUACUCUCUCAUCUUCAUCAGUCAAUCAACAUUCACAAACUUCUCGGCUUGUUUCUCCCAUGGCUAUCAACAACUUUUUGCUCUUCACUCUGACUUUCCAUCUUCUCCUUCUACUCCACGUUUCAUCUGAAUCUUCACGGAUCACCGGCGAUGCGUCUCGAACGCCCAAGAAGUUCCUCGAGCUCGCCAAGAGUCCGGAUGUUUUCGAUUUGAUGGUGAGAAUCAGAAGGAAACUCCACGAGAAUCCGGAGCUCGGUUUCGAGGAGUUCGAGACAAGUAAACUCAUUAGGUCGGAGCUAGACCUGAUGGGAGUCAAGUACAGGUAUCCAGUCGCUAUCACCGGCGUUGUUGGUUAUAUCGGCACGGGAGAAGCGCCGUUCGUUGCGCUGAGAGCUGAUAUGGAUGCGUUACCUAUGCAGGAAGGUGUUGAAUGGGAGCACAAGAGCAAAGUUCCUGGUAAAAUGCACGCCUGCGGACACGAUGGUCACGUCGCUAUGCUUCUUGGUGCUGCCAAGAUGCUUCAAGAACAUCGCCACAAUUUGCAGGGAACUGUGGUGCUUAUCUUCCAGCCAGCUGAAGAAGUUUUCGCCGGAGCAAAGAAGAUGAUAGAAGAAGGAGCGUUGAAGCAUGUCGAAGCCAUUUUCGGUGUUCAUCUUACCAACCAGGUUCCCUUGGGCAAAACCUCUUCACGUGCAGGUUCCUUGCUAGCGGGAUCUGGAUUCUUCGAGGCUGUAAUAACUGGCAAAGGAGGUCAUGCUGCCAUCCCACAACACACCAUAGACCCGAUUAUUGCAGCUUCAAGCGUCGUCCUAAGUCUUCAACAUGUUGUUUCACGUGAAACUGACCCUUUGGAUUCAAAGGUGGUUACAGUUUCUAAGGUUAAUGGAGGUAAUGCCUUCAAUGUCAUCCCUGAUUCAAUCACAAUAGGAGGAACUCUCCGAGCCUUUAGCGGUUAUUCUAAGCUUCAAGAAAGAGUCAAAGAGGUUAUUACAAACCAAGCAACAGUUAACCGGUGCAAUGCAUCAGUGAAUCUAACACCGGAAGGUAAAGAACCAGUCCCACCAACAGUGAACGAUAUGAACUUACACAAGCAGUUCAAGAACAUGGUCAGAGAUUUGCUGGGCGAAGAGUCCUUUGUGGAAGCACCGCCUAUAAUGGGAGGAGAAGACUUCUCCUACUUUGCAGAAGCAAUACCUGGCCAUUUCUCUUUCAUUGGGAUGCAAGAUGAGACAAAAAGUUAUGCAUCUCCUCACUCAUCGCUUUAUAGAGUUAAUGAAGAUGCGCUUCCGUACGGUGCUGCAAUGCAUGCAUCGAUGGCAGUACAGUACCUCAAUGACAAGGCCUCUAAAGAGUCCUACUCAUCCAAAGGCUUUCAUGACGAACUUUGAAACAACACCGUCUGGUUUUAUUACAACUUGUAAUCAUUGGUUAUUAAGUUAUUACUGGUUCAUAGUGAAUUGGAUAUAUUAUAUAUCCAACUAUAAAAGACCCUUGCAAGGUUCUUUGUUUUAGAAUAUAAAGACAAUGUUAAACCA